AUGUCUGAAGAAAACUCGCAGCCCCCAGACACCAACAUGGAGGUCAACGACGAACUCGACCACGCGGUGGAUGACGAGAUCAAGCAAGACGCGACACAACUGGAAGCCGACGCCAUGAACCUCGACGGCGCAAACGAUGCCGAACCCGCGACAGUCAACGGUGUAACAGACUCGGCCGCCGCGUUUGAAGCGCGCAUACCAGCGAAGAAGGAUGCGACGUUGCGCGAGUUCCUUGGCAAGAUGGAUGAUUAUGCGCCUAUCAUACCCGAUGCAGUGACCAACUACUACCUGACCCGCGCCGGUCUGCCACCGCCACCCCAGACAUCACAACAUCUUGCACGUCUACUCGCUCUGGCGACACAGAAAUUCAUCGCCGACAUUGCGGCCGACGCCUACCAAUUCUCUCGCAUCAGGUCGUCCAACACCACGAGUAACAACCCCAUGGGUGGGGCAGGAGGAGCCCCGGCAGCUGCUGCACCUGGUGGUGCGCCUGGUGGAAAGGACAGUGGCUCAAAGACCAAGGACUACAACCUUGGCAUCCAGCGACCAGGAUAUGGUGGUGGAGGUCAAGGUGGCAGUCAAGGCCGAACCGUGCUCACUAUGGAGGAUCUGGGCAUGGCAGUAGGCGAAUACGGAGUCAACAUCAAACGUGGCGAGUUCUACCGUUAA